AAAAACAAAAUAAAAUGAAUUCCAGUUGGGUAAUUUCGAAUCGAAUGUAACGAAUUUUAUUUGAAUUCAUUGGACGUUGGUGAAAUUCCAUUUCGAAAGAUUACUCCAGAAUUUCAUCUUCAAAAUUUUAACUAAAAAUUAAAGGAAAAUCUUUGAAAAUGCAAAAAGGAGAAUUUAAUUAUUCAUCUGCCCGCCGAUAUGUUAUGUCGGCAAAAAGGGAGCUUUUCCGCCAACAGUUAUCUCCUGAUUUGUUAGCCCACAGAAAGAAAAAUGAUGCUGGAGCCGUGAGUCCAACACCCAAAGAAAUGGACACAGAUUCUGAUUACGUUGGCUUUUCCAAUUUGACUAAUGAGAUUUAUCGGCUGUCGGUCAGACGAGGAUUUCAUUUCACUUUAAUGCUUGUCGGAGAAGCGGGAUUGGGAAAAUCUACAUUCCUAAACAACCUCUUCCUCUCCAAUAUUUACUCCGACGAAUAUCCGAGUCCUUCCGAAAGAAUCAAACCAACAGUGCAGAUCGAGACGACUAAGCUUCAGCUGGAAGAAAAUGGCGUCAAGUUAAAUCUAACGGUUGUGGAUGUACCCGGAUUCGGCGAUUCUUUAAACAAUAAUGGAUGUUGGCGUCCAAUAACUAAUUUCAUCAAUGAGAGAUUCGACCAAUAUUUAGAAGAUGAAUCGCGCGUGAAUCGUGAUGUUAUUGUGCCAGACAAUCGGGUUCAUUGUUGCCUUUAUUUUAUUUCGCCUUGUGGAAAUGGGUUAAGACCCUUGGAUGUUGAAGUGAUGAAGAAUUUGCAUGAUAAAGUUAACAUCAUUCCACUUAUUGCAAAGGCUGAUUCAUUUACACCCGAAGAAUGUGCAGCUUUUAAGAAAAUCAUAAUGAAUCAAAUUGCACACCACAAUAUUAAAAUCUACGAUUUUCCAUCCCACGUUCACGGAGAUAACGAAGCUCUUAAUAAUCUUAAGGAAAGACUUCCCUAUGCCAUUAUGGGAAGUAUGUCAUUAGAGGACGUAUCCGGAACCAAAAAAAGAGGAAGAAAAUACCCAUGGGGUACAGCAGAAAGUGAGGAGUUUUAUAUUUUAUUGUUUCUGUAAAUAAUGAUAAUUAUU